UGCAGCCUACAAGCCCAAAACGGCCCAGUCUUAGGCAACGGUUUAUACGACGUCGUAUUAAAUUGAACAGUUGAUUUGGUUUCUGCGAUUGUUGCGAAGGAAUGAGGCUAUCUCUCGCUGGGUUUCGAAGUUCUUUGCCCUUUUCUGGGCUAAUCAGAGAGCUUGAGAAAGAUGUGGAAACUGUGAUUAAGGUGCUGCAGCCUGGACCUUUAGGAAUCACAGAGCAUAAGUUUUCUGCCGAAGAGAUUAGUAGGGCUAAUGCUACAGUUGCUAAAGCAGUAGCUAAUUGGCGAAGAAAUGCAAUCCUUGAGGACAACAAUAAUCGUAUUUUGAAAGACUAUAUUCACAAGUGAAUGUCACAAGUUACAAUAUUUUGACAAACCACUUGGUAGAAACCUCUGUUUAUAGAUCUUCUAUAAUGAAAUCAGUUUUGCUCUGAAGUUUUAAUCAGAGGUCAAAGUUGUCUUCUCUAAUCUUGCGUAAUCAUUUAGAUGUUUAAUAAUGUUGUAAAUGCUGGUUACCGAUGAUAAGUUUGCUGAACACAAGUUAAUAAUGUCUUAACUUUGGUAAACUGGUUAUUAGAUUUGUCUAGUAUAAGUGACCAUGUGGAGAAACUUGGUUUCUUUUUGUUGUCCAUGGUGAUGCGAUUGCAAGUGAUUGUAGAGUUUUUUUUUUUCCGUUACUUAUAACUUCGCGUUUUUCUUCAACUAAAUUAGUGAACCUUUCAGACUCUUAAA